GCAAAUUUGAUAUCGUCUGCUGUGAAAGCAAACCGUGUGCAGAGUUCUUCCAGCUUCGAUUCCUUGCAGUAGUCCAAAUGCUGAACCAUCAACUAGGCAGUAAGCUCUUAAGUCGUUUACACUGAAUUGGAUAUGCCUGCUAAGAAGAAGAAGACCGGUGACGGAGUAAAGAAGGCGAAGAAGCCAACUCCGCCGCUGGAACCUUUCGACUACACCCCACCAAAUAUUUACGAGCUUGGGGUGAAACCAAGCUUGUUUGUGAGGUGCAGAAUCUGCUGCACCGCGCUGCCGCACCUGAACUUUGAGUGGCCGGCGGUGCCGACGGAGCUGACUCUGGGCGCCAUCAAGGAGGCUGUGGUGAAGCGGCACGGCGGCGCCCUGCCGGAACUGUCGCUGUACAAGGACGUGGUGCACCCAGAGCACUCUCUGGCGGGGGCCUCAGAUGGGGACACGCUGAAGGACAUUGGGAUAGAAGGUGUGCACAUGGCUGAGGGCGUGGCGCUGCCCUCCAUUACCUUCCACUACGAUUUCGCGGCGGCCCGCUUUGACGACUCCAUUGUGGCGGUGGAGCCCGACCCGCUCGAGUCCAAACACGACCUGUCGCUGAAGCUGUACCGCCGCCUCACCUCGCCAAGCGCUGCGGGGGUGGCGGCGGCUGCGGGGAAAGGAUCGGCAGCGCCAGCGGGAGCCGGCGCGGUGGCAGGCAGUCGUGUGCUUGGCUCGCCGCUUGCGGCGAAGUGAGGCUUAGUGCGAGACCGCGUCAGGCGUUGUUGUGACAUGUUUGCGUGCGCCGGUGUGUGCCAGUUUGGUUUGGAGAGGUCCGGUUUGGCAAGUGUGUUCAUGUUUUGUUUUGCUGUGUGGCCACUUUUGUAUCCAAGAGGUUGCAAACAUGGAUGCCGUGAUCCCGGGAGGUACAGAUGAACAUGAAGCUGGCUGGCCGGGCGGCGUUGCCGCCUGUUCAUAAGCGUGCUGACUUGCUAAUGGGCCUGGGCACUGGAAAGGUGGCGUACAUCCACGAAAUACUGCGGUUGAAGGCAUUUGCCAGCGAUGGGACGUGCUUGCUGCCUGGCACUCAUCCAUCUUUGUGCGGAGCUAUCAAUAAUGCCGCCGACAGUACCAUACUGCUGUUUCGUGCAAGGAGACACCAACCUCCCGGACCGACAUACUUCCGAAGCCCCGGGGCCUCAGUGUAAACGACGACCGAA